ACCGACUGUUUGAUACAUAUAAUUAAACAUAUAACAAAUUAAAGACGUAAAAUGUUUACAACUAUAACAUUUUCUUUUAUGAUAAUCAAUAGAAUAUACGACAAAAAGAAUAACAAAGAAGAACGUAGGAGGACCCUCUUAAUUAAUGAGUAUUAUUUUCCGAGUUCGAGUUUGUCUAAAAAAGAUAUUGUUAAAUAAUUUGACAGAUAAGAUAAAAGAGGAAGAAGUAUUUUGUAUUUAUGGUUUUUAAAUAUCAAGACUAAAACAUAAUAUUUUAAAUUAUCAAGGGUAAAAUAAAAAAAAUUAACUACGAGGGGAGAAAAUGCAAUUUAAUCAGGAACAGCAAGGCCCGCAACCGGCUCGUACAGUCGUACUACUUAAGCCGGCUUAGACCGCAGGGCCGUCGUAGGAAAUAAUCAAAACUCGAGCUCCUAAAAGUCAAUUGCCCUUAAAUCUUUACCCUUCGCUUCUGCAAUCCACCUGACCAGAGUUCGAGACCAAGAUCUCGCGGUCCGCACACGAUCUGAAUCUAGCGAUGUCGCAUGCCAUUCUGCUGUCUCUUCAAGAACCCUAGUUGUUGUUUUAGACCGUCUCCACCAAAUCUUGCGCCUGCUUUCGUCGUCGUUGAAAAAUCCUCAAGAUCAGUCGCCAGGGUCAUAUUCGUGUUAAAGGUCUGAUCUUUAGAGGCCUUUCGGAAUUGGUGAUUGAAUCUCUGAUAAAGAAAUGUCGUCCGAUAUAAGGAAAUGGUUCAUGAAGCAACAUGACAAAGGGGCUACAGCAUCAUCAAAGCCUGCUGUGGCUAGUCAAAAAACACCUAAUUCUCCAAAUACAGAGAAACCGAAUCCGGUCCAGGUAACUCAAGAAAAUUCAGAGAGAAGAAAAACUAGCAAAUAUUUUGCACCUUCUUCUAAGGAAGUGAACCCUCAGACAAUUAUAAAAGAAGAAAAAGUAGCAGCCAAAACACCAUCAAAAAGGAAGCCCCAAAAAUCUAGUGAAGAUAUUGCAGAGGACUCUAAGCCUACAUUGCCAAAGAGGUCUAAGACAGUUGAUGAUGACCAUGAUGACUUCAUGCCAUCUAGUAAUGUUAAGAAAUCUCCUAAGCCAGACAAGAAAAUGAAGAAUAGCUCAGUAACUCAGAUGACUAAGAGUUCUCAUAAAGUUGGUGAUAACCUUGAUGAUGAGAUAAAUGAUAAGGAUCCUGAAACUCCUGUUAAAGCUGGUGGAAGGGGCAAAGGUGGAAGAGGUUCUGGAUCUAUGACUGCAGGGAGAGGGAGAGGAGCUGGUAGAGGUGGGUUUAUGAAUUUUGGAGAGAGGAAAGAUCCUCCACACAAAGGAGAGAAGGAAGUUCCAGAAGGUGCUCCUGAUUGUUUAGCUGGUCAGACAUUCGUCCUAAGUGGCACACUUGACAGUUUGGAACGUGAGGAGGCUGAAGAUCUAAUUAAACGCCAUGGUGGUAGGAUCACCAGUGCUGUCAGCAAAAAGACGAGUUUUCUUUUAGCUGAUGAGGAUGUUGGUGGGAGGAAAUCUUCAAAAGCCAAGGAGCUAGGUAUCCCAUUUCUCACUGAGGAUGGAUUAUUUGAUAUGAUUCGGAAGUCGAAGCCUGCUAAAACACCAAAGAAGGAAGAGCAAAAUAAGAAAACCUCAGAAAAGAUGCACAUCCCAUAUACUACAAGUAGCCCUAGCAAAGUUGAAAUAAGAAAUGAUCAAGCUAGUGCUCUAGGAAGAAAAGAAGUUGCAAAAGGUGUUAAACCAUGCAUCUACCCUGAUAAACGAAAAACUAAAUCUGGUGUUCAGAGUCCAUUGACGUGGACUGAUAAAUAUCGCCCGAAGGUUCCAGCUGACAUCAUUGGCAAUCAGUCAAUUGUUAAACAACUUCAUGACUGGUUAAUGCACUGGGAUGAUCAAUUUUUGCAUGCUGGUCAAAAGGUAAAAGGAAAAAAACUAUCAGACUCUGGAUCUAAAAAAGCUGUCCUUCUAAGUGGAUCACCUGGAAUUGGUAAAAGCACUUCUGCAAAGUUGGUUAGUCAGAUGCUUGGUUUCCAGGCUGUUGAGGUUAAUGCAAGUGAUAGUCGUGGUAAGGCAGACACCAAAAUCGUUAAAGGAGUUGGUGGUAAUACAUCAAAUUCUAUCAAAGAACUUGUUAGCAAUGUGGCUUUGGAUUCUGGCCUAGACUGGUCAAAGCCACCAAAAUCUGUGUUAAUCAUGGAUGAGGUUGAUGGCAUGUCUGCUGGAGAUAGAGGGGGAGUGGCUGAUCUUAUUGCUAGCAUAAAGAUCUCCAAGAUUCCUAUCAUUUGCAUCUGCAAUGAUCGUUACAGUCAAAAGCUAAAGAGUCUUGUCAAUUAUUGUUUGGCACUCAACUUCAGGAAACCUACCAAACAACAGAUGGCUAAAAGGUUGAAGCAAAUUGCAGAUGCUGAAGGCCUCCAAAUUAACGAGAUUGCUCUCGAAGAACUUGCAGAAAGAGUAAGUGGAGAUAUGCGUAUGGCAAUAAAUCAAUUGCAGUACAUGAGCAUCUCUCAGUCGGUAAUCAAUUAUGAUGAUAUAAGAAAGCGCCUUCUUAGUAGUGCAAAAGAUGAAGAUAUUUCUCCCUUUACAGCUGUUGACAAGCUCUUUGGUUUCAAUGGAGGGAAGUUGCGGAUGGAUGAGAGAAUUGAUUUAAGCAUGAGUGAUCCUGACUUAGUUCCCCUUAUUGUUCAGGAAAAUUAUAUCAAUUAUCGGCCAAGUUCUAUUGGCAGGGAUGACAAUGGUGUUAAAAGGAUGAAUUUGCUUGCACUGGCAGCUGAAUCUAUUGGGGAUGGGGAUAUAUUCAAUGUUCAAAUAAGAAGAUACCGCCAGUGGCAGCUAUCACAAUCUAGUUCAUUUGCAUCGUGUAUAAUUCCUGCAGCUCUCAUGCAUGGGCAGCGGGAGACCCUUGAGCCGGGAGAGCGUAACUUCAACAGAUUUGGUGGAUGGCUAGGUAAAAAUUCAACAACGGGAAAGAAUUUGAGACUUCUGGAUGAUGUUCAUAUGCACUUUCUUUCAUCCCAAGAAGCUAGGUUGGAUAGGGAAACAUUGCGGCUUGAAUAUUUUACUCUUCUGUUGAAGCAGCUUACAAAUCCUCUUCAAGUGAUGUCUAAGGAAGUUGCUGUUCAGAAAGUUGUAGAAUUCAUGGAUGCUUAUUCUUUAAAUCAAGAGGAUUUUGAUACAAUUGUGGAGCUAUCAAAGUUUAAGGGGCAUCCUAAUCCAAUGGAUGACAUUCAACCAGCUGUAAAAUCUGCACUGACCAAAGCAUACAAGAAAGGAAGUGACUCCCGGGUUGUGCGUUCAGCAGAUUUGAUUGUUCUUCCCGGCUUGAAGAAAGCUCCCAAAAAACGCAUAGCAGCAAUCUUGGAACCUGUAGGCAAUGGUUUAGCGGAAGAGAAUGAAGAAGCUGUAGAGGACAAUGAGGAAGAGAAUUCUGAUGCGGAAGAUGCUGAUGAUCUUGCUGCUAGCAUUGAGACAGAGCAGAAACCGCAGCUUGAUCUUCUAAGCAAUAAACCAAAAGGAAUGCAAGUGCAGCUCGAUUUGAAGAGCAACGGGAAGUCAAACGCGAAGAAGACACCUGCUAGCAAAUCAAGGAGUUCAGGGCCUGCUGAGAAGCAGGCACAAGGUUCUGGAGGUAGAAAGAGGAAGAGAUGAAAAAUGAUCUGCCUAUGUUUGGGCUGGUCGGACCUUCAAGUUUUGGAUGUGUAUAGAAGUCGUCAGAUCAAACAAACAAACUACUUUUCACAUUUUCCUAGUAGUAAGCUAUGGUUAUGUUGCUCUUGGAUUAGUAACUUGUUCACAUCUUUUUUACAUCCGUAACUACCACCCAAUGUUUUAAUAGGCUGUAUGCCUUCAAGCAAUUCAUUGAACUUACAAAUGUAGUCAAUUCGAUUUUAAAAUCUCGGGCAAAA